CUUCUCGCCCAUCCCGAUCCAUCAGCCACGCUUAGUAUAGCGGUUGAUGCAUCCGAUGUUGCUAUAGGAGCAGUCAUGGAACAAAAUAUCUCCGGUAGUUGGCAACCCCUCGAGUUUUUCUCACGACGCCUUACUACCACGGAGACGAGAUAUAGCGCUUUUGGUCGCGAGCUGCUAGCAGCCUGCUGCGCCAUCAAACAUUUUCGGCACGCAGUAGAAGGACGUCAAUUCAUCUUAUUCACCGCCCAUAAGUCCUUACCGUAUGCUUUGCAUACCAAGUCUGACCGCUACUCACCACGGGAGUGCAGACAUUCGGACUAUAUCUCCCAGUUCACGACAGACCUUCGUCACAUCAAAGGCAAGUCGAACUGUGUUGACGAUGCUCUAUCACGAAUCCAAACGAAUGCAGUUACCUUGCCGGUGCUCGCUCUUCCUGCUAUGACCACUGCCCAAGCAAACGAUCCCAGUUGUACAGAAGCACCACACUACGUCCCUUCAGUGUCAGGAUGUACCUCUAGCCACGACUUCUGGCACCAUUCUAUGUGAUACUUCUACCGGUCUUCCUCGACCCAUCGUACCCUCUGCUUAUCGCCGUCUCGUAUUCGAUGCCCUGCAUGGAUUAUCUCACCUAGGUAUCGCAGCUACAUUACGCCUCAUCGCUGCACGUUACGUCUGGCCGUCCAUGAAUAAAGAUGUUCGUAUGUGGGCUAAGCAAUGCUUACAAUGUCAACGAUCAAAAGUGCACAGGCACGUAGCCGCCCCCCUCGGUACAUUCGCUACGCCUGAUGCUCGCUUCGAUCACGUUCACUUAGACAUUGUAGGACCACUGCCACCAUCGCACGGGUAUGAUCACAUACUCACGUGCAUCGACCGCUUCACCAGAUGGCCCGAAGCUAUACCCAUCACGUCUGUCACGGCGGAGACAGUUGCUCACCGCUUCGUAGAACGAUGGAUAGCUCUAUACGGUUGUCCCUCGACUGUCACGACUGACCGAGGACAACAAUUUGAGUCCGCACUAUUCUCCUCACUUACUCGGCUGCUUGGUACGGAACGCAUACGCACUACCGCCUACCAUCCGGCUUCAAACGGUUUAGUGGAAAGGUUUCACCGUCAACUUAAAAGUGCUCUUCGAGCACACGAAAACGACGACUGGUACGAAACGUUACCGCUCGUUCUCUUAGGUAUCAGAAUGAGUUUAAAGGCAGAUAUCCAAUGUUCCGCCGCUGAACUGGUAUACGGCACGACAUUGCGUCUGCCCGGGGAAUUCUUCGCACCACGGAGCAGACAUGAUUUCGCUAAAUCAGACGACGUCCAACGACUGUCUGUAUUUAUGCGAACGCUGUCUCCGGUGUCAACUCGAAUACAACAUCGACAGGUCGCUCUCCCUCGAGAGUUAUCUACCUGUUCACAUGUUUUCAUACGAGUAGAUUCGGUACGCAAACCCUUGCAACAACCUUACGAAGGCCCUUUUCACGUGAUCGCUCGUCACGAAAAGACCUUCAAGGUUGAUCGACAUGGACGCGUCGAGAUCGCCAGCAUUGAUCGUCUCAAACCAGCACACGUCGAUGACAGUGCCCUAUCUGACACCCUGAGAUUCAAUGCUAGACCUAUCAAACCUAGCGGGAUCCUUAAAUCUUCUUCAGGUCCCACGCUGGAUGCAUCUGAGACCUCAUUCUCACGUCCCAGUCAACAGCACGCGUCAUCUGCACCGUCUACGGAUGAGACGACAGUCUCACGUCCAGAUCAGCAGACCACGCCGCCCUUGACUUCGGAUGAGAUUGCAGGCUCACGCGACGCGAACGAGACUACCGUCUCACGUUCCGGUCGCCGAGUACGGUUACCCGUACGCUUCCGCGACUAGUCGCACAGUCAACAACCGAUACGGUGUAGGACUAUUCCUAUGCUACAUGCAUGCUACACUCUUCUCUUUUUUGAUUUUCUUUUUGUUUCCUGAGCCCGCGCCUUCGACCAUCUCCGUUUGGUACCGUCGACUCCAGUCAACUUUGGCGAAAGCUGGCCUGAUCACCCACGCUCUUGUCAACGUACUCAGUCGAUAUAUUGGUUUCGAAUGCUUGGCAUACACUUGGUCUCGAACUUUGUCGUUAUGGUCGCUUCUGGUUCAUCGGAUCAACGUGGUUUCGUCCUACGUCUGCAGCGUUUCUGGUCCGGACCCCUACGAACGCCCUCUUCAGAUUCUGGAUACAAACCACUCUCAUGUAGCAUGCCAACUCAAGCAACAAAUACAGCACAUCGCUCCUGGUACCGUUCUCCGAAAAUGACCUUCGUUGGCAACUCGACGAUCAACUAUCGCUUUCCUGUUCGCCAAUCUUUCCGUCCUACAAUCGCUCGUCAGCCGAUCAGUCCCACGACUUAAACCGCCACUUAUCGAAAGUGUAAACCCUUUCUAGCGGGGGGCUCCUGUAGUGACUCACAUUUAUCACGAGAACACGACUAGUUUAAUAAAAACGCUUAUUAUUAUAACCAAGUGUACCAGUGACUGUUUUAAUGUGCUUUUGUUUGACUGUGCUAAUGACAGCUAUUUUGUGCUUCCAUUCUUUUACUUACACUUUGACUGUAACUUCGCGCGAAUUCGGUUACGUUCUGUA